AUGGUUGAUGAAGUCAUUCCGUACUGCUUUCGCCCAGUAAACUAUUUCGAAAAAUCAUCCGAAACCUUUAUUCAUCCGCUUUCUCAAAAACUAAGUUUCGAACAAUUACGUCUGGCUCAUAAUACUUCAGAACAACUUCUCUCGUGGUCCGUUUCGAUUGAUGUAGCUCAACGAUAUGAACUCUAUUUAAUUGAACCGAAUGCUGCAUUUAAUGAAGUUCUCUACAAUUGCACUGAACCGUGGUUUGGCCCUCGAUGCCAAUAUUCGUUUCCUUUCGGCGGUCGUAGAUCUUUCAACCAAAUUGUUGAAGCGGCUUUUCGUCCAAGGACAGUAUUUCCCGAGUCAUCUAAAGUGACAGUACAGGUGCCAUGCUAUGUUCUUCUAGAAUGUCAUCGUAAUGGACAGAGUUGGUGUCUUGAUUGGCGUGAAGUGUGCAAUGGAAUCGUUGAUUGUUUUGAUGACGCUGUCGAUGAAGAAUAUUGCUUCGAUAUGGAAGUAAAUGAAUGUGACAAAAAUGAAUAUCGAUGCUACAAUGGGUUAUGUAUAUCAAACGAACUCUGGGAAGAGGGUGGAGGUGAUGCAGACUGUCUCGAUCGAUCCGAUGAAGUGUUGUAUGCCUCCUAUAUAGAAUCCUGUUUCCAAGAUCCAACGUUCCGCUGUGAAGAACAUUCUUGCAGACCAUACGAAGGUACAUUUCCCUGUGGAGAUGGCCAAUGUGUCAACAAAUUUGAUGAAUGUUAUAACGGACGACACAGGUUACUGAUAGAGUCGAUGACAACCAAAGGUAAUCUAACAGAUGAAUGUUGGAUUGCUAUGACUUGUCUCACUAAACUCGCUGAGCAAAUUCAUGGAAGUUCAUGUAAAAUAUGGCUGAUGAACGACUUAAUAUACGAGUUCCUCAAAAAAUGUGAUUCGUUUUUCCAAUUUCCAACUAUGCCAGUUCAUUCUGGUCAUAUUCGUUUCUUUUAUGAAGAGCCUUAUUUAAGACAGCAAAUGAAUGAGUUUCUUCUACCUGAUUAUAUUUGUUACAACCAACAACUAUGCGAUUUUAUUAAGCCUGAUUUAAUUCGUGAAAAUCUCACUUGUAUAAAUAUGUCCAAGUUAGUGCUAAAACUAGAUAUCAAGAACGUACCUUGGAACGAACUGAUAUGGUUUAUCGAACUAGGUUUUCGUCCUUGUUUGAUUUCUCAUGCGAUCUCACGCAACAAAACAAAAAAAUAUGUGAAUCAUUCAUUACUAUAUAACUGUCGCAACUCAUCGAACUUCAUUUCUGUACAUCGCAUCAUGGAUGGUAUAGAAGAUUGUUUCCAUGCUGAUGAUGAGAACUAUCGAAACAGUUGCCAACUUAACGAUCGAUACCGAGUGAGAUGUCACAGUACAAAUACAUGCUGGUCCCCUAUAUUGAAAGAGUAUAUUUGUUCAAGGACCGGACAGGAAGACAAUAUUCCAUUUCAACGUUUUUGUAAUGGUAUCAACCAAUCCAUUUACUACGAUAAUUAUGGGCAAGAUUAUAAUGAUGAGUUCGAGUGUGAACAGUGGGUGUGUAAUAACAUGUAUGCACGUUGCGACGGCUAUUGGGCGUGUGCCGAUGGACGCGAUGAGAAUAAUUGUAGUCAAACAAAAUGUCGUUCGGGAACUCAUGCCUGUGUAGAUCGUCUCAAUUUUACAAUAAUAUGCUUACCUCACACACGUGUUAAUGAUGGAAACGAUGAUUGUCUUGGUGCAUCCGACGAACAACACGAAUGUCACAGGAUAUAUCCUCCGAGCGAAGUUCCUAAACGCUUUCGCUGCUUGAAAGAUGCAAAGUGUUUAGUAGCAUCAGAAUUAUGCAACAAUAAUAUUGAUUGUCCACUUCACGAUGAUGAAAAAUUCUGCAAAACUCAUCUGUUCAACUGUACCAACGAUUCAACAUACAAUCGCACUGAAAUAGAAGAAGUUCUUUGUGGGCUGAGUGAACAGAAAAAUCGACGAGAACAGUAUUUUUCUGUUCAUACAUCGU